AAUGUCCUAGCCAGUUAUAGGACCUGCUGGGCCAGGGAAAGGAAGCUCUGAGGAGACACUGUAGAUGACUAGAUAGAUCACAUCAAUUUCCUAAUGAAUUUUAUACUGUUUAUUUUUUUACUUGGGGUUUUUUCCUCAGAGAUUAGCAACUUGAAGCCCAACAUUGAUGAGUUACCUGAGAUGACACCUUUCAGUGAAGAAAAAUUAAAUAUGGACGCUAUUCCUGCUGUGCAUGAAGAAGAGGAAAAUGUGGAUGUGACUCCUGCUGUACUUAAAGGUGUCACUAUUCCUUAUAUACCAAAAGAAAGAGGAAGGAAUAUGGGUACUUCUACUAUACCUAAAGAUGAAGAAAAGAAUACGGGUACUGUUUCUAGUAUACCUAAAGAAGAAGAACAUAAUAUAGGUACUUCUCCUGACCUACAUAACUAUGAGGACAAGAAUAUGGGUACUUCUCCUGACCUACAUAAAUAUGAGGACAAGAAUAUGGGUACUUCUCCUGAGCUACAUAAGGAAGAAGAAAAUAAUAUAGGUACCUCUCCUGAUCUACAUAAAUAUGAGGACAAAAAUAUGGGUAGUUCUCCUGAUCUACAUAAAUAUGAAGACAAGAAUAUGGGUAAUUCUCCUGACCUACAUAAAUAUGAGGACAGGAAUAUGGGUACUUCUCCUGAUCUACAUAAAUAUGAAGACAAGAAUAUGGGUGUUGCUUCUGAGAUGCAUAAAGAUGAAUAUAAUGUGGAUACUAUACCUGCUAAUGAGAAAAGUGGAAAUUAUUAUAGAGAUAUAAAACAAUAUGUGUUCACAACACACAAUCCAAAUGGCUCCGAGUCUGAAAUAUCCGUGAGAGCAACCACUGAUCUGAGAUUUGCUCUAAAAAACUAUAAACUUGGCAAUGCAAGUGCUGAAAAACCCAGUGAAGAAAAACCUUCAGAACCCUCUCAUAAAAAUAUUCAAAGAACAACCCCAAAUCUGCCUGAAUUUUGGACAAUGUUAGCCAAAGCUUUAACUCAGUCAACAUCCGGGUUCGAGGGAAAUGAUUUAUUUAAACCAAUUCCAGGCUCUGAUGUAAAUGCUACAAACCAAGACAAACUGUCAGAGCUGCAGGAAAUCAAACUCAAAUUAAUGUUGGGCAUUGCACUGAUGACCCUCCUCCUUUUUGUCACCCUCUUGGCCUUCUGUAGUGCCACACUGUACAAUCUGAAGCAGCUGAGUUAUAAAAGUUGUGAGAGUCAAUACUCUAUCAACCCAGAGCUGGCCACUCUUUCUUACUUUCAUCCAUCAGAAGGUGUAUCAGACACAUCUUUUUCUAAGAGUGCAGAGAGCAGCACAUUUUGGGGCACCACUUCUUCAGAUUUGAGAAAAUCAGGCACAAGAAGGUCAAAAUCUAAAAAUUUGACGGACAUGACUUCCACGGGCUCAGAUGAAACGGGCAUGAAUGAGGAGUCAGACUUAGUUAACAGUGAGGAACCGAAUGAGGAAAAAUAGAUAACUUUGACUCUUUUGUCAAAAAAAAAAUCUUUUUGUCUCAUUCUAAUGCCAUGAUUUUGAAACUGCUGAGACAUUUACAUUUUCUAGUGUCUUAAAAGAAGGACAUCUUCAAUAAAAGCUAUUUCAGUUUUA